AAAGUGCGUUCUCGUGGCAGCCCCAGUGGCCUAAUGGAUAAGGCAUUGGCCUCCUAAGCCAGGGAUUGUGGGUUCGAGUCCCAUCUGGGGUGGUAUUUUUUUUUUUUUCUCUCCUUCACCUCUGGCUGUAGCAUUGCUCUCCGUUUUCUGACGCCUGGUCGCAGUGGGGCGCCUCGACGCUGAACAGGUGGUGGGUGGGAGCUAUUCUCAUAACAACCUGAAUGCGGCUUUCGCAACCCUGCUGUAAUGUAAGCCCCUGGACAAGGUGGGUGCCCACCAUCUGCGGCUGAGCCGCUUUCAUUAGCAGCGCUCACACCACGCGCUUCGACAACCAACCUGGUGACGCAGCGGGUUGGCGCCGGCUGCUAUGGUUCCGGCGCCCCUCAACCCCGUGAGCGCGCGUCGCUCCGCCCAACGGCAGACGGGGGCUCUCGACCUUCGGCAUCUGACCUCUGCUGACGGGCAGAAAACUGCGCGAGCCGCCCGCUCUCUGAUUGGUCGAUGCGGCGCGUCGCGGGUGCCUGAUUGGCGAAGGGAGAGGAGCGGGAAGAUGGCGGCGCUGGGCUCUCCGCUGCGGACGUUGCGCGGGCUGCUCCGCGAGCUACGGCAUGUGAGCGGGCGCGCCUAUCGCGACACGGCCGCCUACCGACACGUCCUCGCCGCCUUCCGCGCUCACCGGGUGACCAGUGAGAAGCUGUGCCGGGCCCAGCAGGAGCUGCACUUCCAGGCCGCCACCUACCUGUGCUUGCUGCGCAGCGUGCGGCAGCACCAGGCCCUGCAUCGAGAGUACCACGGCCGCGGGGAGCGAUCCCCCGAGGAGGUGGCGGGGCUGGUGGGCUUCAGGCUGCCCCGGCAGCCGGGGGGGAAGGGCUGAGGCCGCCCCGUGCCGCCCGCUGCUCGGCGCCGAAUAAACGCCCUCGGCUCUGAA